ACUGCAAGCAAGCAGAAGGUCAUCCAGAAGGGGCCCAACAAAGUGGCUUUGCUGGACUCCAACAGGGCAAAGAACCUGGCCAUCACACUGAGGAAAGUGGGCAAGACAUCUGAGGAGAUCUGCAAGGCUAUUCAAUUGUUUGAUUUACGGACUCUGCCGGUGGACUUUGUGGAGUGUCUAAUGCGCUUCCAGCCCACGGAGAACGAGAUUAAAGUCCUGCGACAGUUCGAGAAGGAGCGCAAGCCUCUUGAAAGCUUGACAGAUGAGGACCGCUUCAUGAUGCAGUUCAGCAAGAUCGAGAGGCUCAUGCAGAAGAUGACCAUCAUGGCCUUCAUCGGCAACUUCACUGAAAGCGUGCAGAUGCUUACACCGCAACUACAUGCAGUCAUUGCCGCAUCUGUGUCCAUCAAGUCAUCUCAGAAGCUAAAGAAGAUUUUAGAGAUUAUCUUAGCACUUGGAAACUACAUGAACAGCAGCAAAAGAGGAGCGGUGUAUGGAUUCAAGCUGCAGAGCUUAGACUUGCUACUUGAUACCAAGUCUACAGACCGCAAACUAACAUUAUUACACUACAUAGCCAAUGUGGUAAAGGAGAAAUACACACAAGUUUCCCUUUUCUACAACGAGCUGCACUAUGUGGAAAAAGCUGCAGCAGUGUCGCUGGAGAACGUCCUGCUGGAUGUUAAGGAACUGCAGAGAGGCAUGGACCUGACCAAAAGAGAAUACAGCAUGCACGGUCACAACACCAUGCUCAAAGACUUCAUCACACACAAUGAGAGCAAGCUAAAGAAGCUGCAGGAUGGCAAGAUCGCACAGGAUGCUUUUGAUGAGGUGGUGAAAUUCUUUGGGGAGAGCUCCAAAACCACCCCCCCAUCCGUCUUUUUCCCUGUGUUUGUGCGAUUUGUUAAGGCCUAUAGGCAAGCGGAGGAGGACAAUGAGCAGAGGAGACAGGAGCAGAUUAUGUUGGAAAAACUUCUGGAACAAGAAGCAAUGAUGGAGGAAGACCAGAAGUCUCCAUCCCAUAAGACCAAGCGGCAGCAGCAAGAGUUGAUCCAGGAGCUCAGGAAACAGGUGAAAGACAGUCGCCACGUCUACGAAGAAGAUGGAGCGAUUGAGGACAUCAUUACGGAUUUGAGGAAUCAGCCUUACAGGCGAGCGGACGCCGUACGGAGGAGCGUCAGGAGACGCUUUGAUGAUCAGAACCUGCGGCCGGUCAACAAUGGCGACGUAGUCAUGUGA